CUCUCAGAAGGCGAGGUUGGGUUUGAGAUUCCUCGCAGUUUGUUUUGCCUUCCGAGAACUGCCUUUCCCCAAAAGGAAGAGAAAAAUGACCAAGUUCCAGGAAGGGGUGACAUUCAAGGAUGUGGCUGUGGUCUUUACCGAGGAGGAGCUGGGGCUGCUGGACCCUGUCCAAUGGAAGCUGUACCGAGACGUGAUGCUAGAGAACUUUCAGAACCUGGUCUCAUUGGGACAUCUGUCCUCUAAACCAGAUGUGAUAUCCCAGUUGGAGAGAGAGGAACAUCUUUGUAUUACGCAGAUCCAAACUCAAAGAGGUGGGCAUUCAGGAGGGAACUGGGCAGCUGGAGUCCUUGAAGGAGGCAGGAAUGAAGAUGAGAUGGAGACUCUUUAUGAAGCAGGAGUAAGGUGCCUUUCAUUGGGAGAACUUUCAUGCUGUCAAGUAAGGAGACAUGUUGUGAGUAAAUUAAUGAAAAGUCAAGUCUCCAUUCUACAUAUUCAAGAAAAGAGCUCCCAAUUCCCCAAACAACAUAAUCCCCCCGGUAAGGUGGGGACAGGACUAUCCAUUCCGGCUGAUGUGGAAGAUGGCUGUAUCAUGAAUCUUAUACAGAAUCAUUCCAGUAUUAAUGAAAAUCAAGAAUUUUCAAUAGAGAGAGCCCAGAAUUCUUGGAGUGAAAUAUAUCUGAAUGAGACACAGAAUUAUCAGAGAAGCUGUAAGCAGACGCCAAUGAAAAACAAGUUAUGUAUAUUUGUUCCAUGUGCUACCAUCUUCAGUUGUAAUUCAUACCACCAUGAUGACGAUAUAGUACACACAGGGGAAAAAGCUCCCAGCAACAAAGAUUAUGGUGAAGACAUCUCAAAGAUGCCACCUCUUGCCCAGCUGAGUAUAAUCAACACAGGACAGAAAACUUACCAGUGUAAUCAGUGUGAAAAAUCAUUCAAUGACAGUUCCAGUCUUGAAGUUCAUCAGCAGGUACACUUGGGAAAGCAGUCCCUUACCUAUAGUACACAUGAGGAUACCAGUUUCAGCUCAGCCAUUCCUGUUCAACAAUAUGUUCACGCAAGAAAGAAACGCUAUUGGUGUCAUGAAUGUGGGAAGGGUUUUAGUCAGAGCUCAAACCUGCAAACGCAUCAAAGAGUCCACACAGGGGAGAAACCCUAUUCGUGCCUCGAGUGUGGUAAGAGCUUUAAUCAGACCUCACAUCUGUAUGCUCACUUGCCCGUUCACACAGGAGAGAAGCCCUAUAGAUGUGAGAGUUGUGGGAAGGGCUUCAGUCGUAGCACAGAUCUUAAUAUUCAUUGCAGAGUCCACACUGGAGAGAAACCUUAUAAAUGUGACAUAUGUGGAAAGGGCUUCACUCAGAGAUCACAUCUUCAGGCCCAUGAAAGAAUCCACACUGGAGAGAAACCGUAUAAAUGUGCAGAUUGUGGUAAACGCUUCAGCUGUAGCUCAAAUCUCCAUACCCAUCAGAGAGUCCACACGGAAGAGAAACCAUACAGAUGUGAUGAGUGUGGGAAAUGCUUUAGUCUGAGCUUUAAUCUUCACAGUCACCAACGAGUCCACACGGGCGAGAAACCAUAUAAAUGUGAAGAGUGUGGUAAAGGUUUUAGCUCAGCCUCAAGUUUCCAGAGCCAUCAGAGGGUUCACACGGGAGAGAAACCAUUUCGCUGCAAUGUGUGUGGUAAAGGCUUCAGCCAGAGUUCAUAUUUUCAAGCCCAUCAGAGAGUUCACACUGGAGAAAAGCCAUACAAAUGUGAGGUGUGUGGAAAGCGCUUCAACUGGAGCUUGAAUCUUCACAAUCAUCAGAGAGUCCACACAGGAGAGAAACCCUACAAAUGUGAAGAGUGUGGUAAAGGUUUCAGUCAGGCCUCCAAUCUUCAGGCUCAUCAGAGUGUCCACACUGGGGAAAAGCCAUUCAAAUGUGAUGCAUGUCAGAAGCGAUUCAGUCAGUCUUCACAUCUUCAAGCCCACCAGAGAGUUCACACUGGAGAGAAGCCAUAUAAAUGUGAAACUUGUGGGAAGGCCUUCAGCCAGAGGUCAAAUCUUCAAGUCCAUCAAAUAAUUCACACUGGGGAGAAACCAUUUAAAUGUGAGCAGUGUGGGAAAGAAUUCAGUUGGAGUGCUGGGCUCAGUGCUCAUCAGAGGGUCCACACAGGAGAGAAACCCUACAUGUGUCAGCAGUGUGGUAAGGGCUUCAGUCAGGCCUCCCAUUUUCACACACAUCAGAGGGUCCACACUGGGGAGAGACCUUACAUAUGCGAUGUGUGUUGUAAGGGCUUCAGCCAGAGAUCACAUCUUGUAUAUCAUCAGAGAAUUCAUACGGGAGGGAAUCUAUAGAAAUGUGAGGUGUGGCAUAGCCUUUUUUAGAAUUCACAUCUUCAUCUCCAUUAGAAAGUCUAUGCUAGUGAUUGUGGAAAGCUCCUUCAGAACUCAGAAGCUUGAGGAAUUGUCACAGGAAAGCUGCUCUAUAAAAUGUGUUUUAGGAACUCAGCUAGGAGAUGAACUCUAUAAACAUCAGAUUUUACACAUGAGAGAA